AUGCAGAAACUUCGUAACAUUCUAAUUCUCACCGGUGCUGGAAUCUCUGUCGAGUCCGGUCUCUCCACCUUUCGCGAUAGCAAUGGUCUCUGGUGCAAUCAUCGAAUCGAGGAUGUCGCCACGCUUGAGGCGUUUGCGCUUCAACCUGAGGUGGUGCAGCGCUUUUAUAAUGAGCGGCGGCGGAAAUUGCAGGAGGCGUGCGUGAAGCCCAAUGCGGCGCACUACGCUCUCGCGCGACUUCAGCGGGAGAUGAAGGGAAACGUGCACAUCGUCACCCAAAACGUGGAUAACCUCCACGAGCGCGCGGGCUCGACGGACGUCGUGCAUAUGCACGGCGAAUUGCUAAAAGCUCGGUGCCGAUUCACGGACGAGGUCUUCGACAUCGUCGGGGAUAUCGAUCCUGCGAAGGAUCGCUGCACGUGCUGCAACGAACUCGGCACCCUACGCCCUCACAUCGUGUGGUUUGGUGAGAUGCCUUUGUUUAUGGAAAAGAUCGAGGAGCUCCUAUCCAAGACGGAGCUUUUUGUAUGUAUCGGGAGUUCCGGGCAGGUCUAUCCCGCGGCGGGGUUCGUAACGCGGGCGAGGUUUGCUGGGGCAAAGACUCUGGAAAUAAAUAUCGAAAAGACUGGUGAUUACAAUGACUUCAGCAAGACGUUGAUCGGAAAGGCAAGCGAGGUCGUCCCAAAAUGGGUUGAUAGUAUGCUGGAUGGAUCCUUCGUGUAGGACAUUGCACCACUGACCACUGUGGAAAGGCAGAGAACAUGAAAAA